AUGGUGUCUAUGGAACUUCCGGCUCUCGCCAUCUCGGGUGAUAUCGUCAGGCCAUCGAUAAGCUCCGUUAUUACCAACUUCAACCUCAGGGAUGGUCGGAUUCGUCUCUUCUGGCUCUUACAAUUUGUCAACAUUGUCUCCUUUCUGCUCUGUGUCUUGGCGGUCGCGAAUCUUCCCACUUUUGGAUCGGGUUGGUGGCAAUGUCUAUCAGAAAAAAUUUCUCCAGAGACAAGGGGAACGCCGUUGCAAGGUCAGCAUCACAUCGCCAAGUCGCGGGCCAAAGUUGUGGCUGUUGACACUUGGUUCUCACUCGUGUCGAUUGCAACCUUAGACGCCUUUGCAGUGGUCUUCAACUUCAACCGCGGCUUGAUAGUGACUUUCCACCGCAAUGUGAGCCUUCGCAUGACACUCUUUGCUACGAUAGUAUCGGCUGGCGUGUACGCAUGGGAGGUGGAUAUGUUGAAACUCAAUCGAAAUAGCACUGCAAGCGUUGUGGCGGCUUUGCUAAUGUACCUCGCCCUUGGACGAGCUGUUGAUUUAAUCAAAAGGCCAAAACUCGGUUCAUAUGCUGGGACAAUCCAACAAUACACCGAGACGACAGGUAGCUUCGAUAUGUCGUGGCGCUACAUAGCCCUGCUUACAACAACAGUGGUCGCAGUGGCUGUACUUUCUACAACGCUCCUACCAAGCCGAUUGUCGGGUAUCAGUGUGUUUAUAUGGGUUGUGUUCGAGGCAGUGUUUCUAGCAGCAAUGAAAGUUCGCAGAACACCUCGGUAUACGAUAUUAUCCGGUCCCAUAUUGAUAUCCUUUGCCUGCGUCAAAUGGGGUUUGGACCUGACUAAUUUACACCCUCGACUUGUCAUGCAUCCCGAGUAUUUUAUCGGGCUGUUUAUAUCAGGCCGCUUCCUCCUUGACGCUCACCUCCGAACGAUUUUGAGGUCUCACAAAGAUCUUCACUGGGCGAGGGAAAACGUCUUGAUUUCGACCAGAAGCAUCCUUUGGGGCUCCAUAACGCUCUUAAUUCUGGAAAAGAUCGGACUGAGACUUGUCACAUUUAUCAAACCUAUCCUGGUAUUGCUAGCCUAUGGUAUGAGCUGUUUGGUCAUUCAGACGCCGGCGAUAUACAACAUUACCUUCAGCAACAACAAAUCUCCACAAGUGGACCUCUCCGAUCUCCAAGGCAAGGUUAUUCUGGUUACCGGAGGCAAUUCGGGGCUAGGACUUGAGUCGGUGCGACAGUUUGCAAUGCAUGGGCCGGCUUGUAUAUAUAUGGCAGGUCGGUCGAAAAGGAAGUGCAAAGAUGCAAUCAACUACAUAAGACAAUUCAAAGCAGCUACAGCACCGAUUUUCCCCCUAGAACUUGAUCUAUCAUCGUUUGAUAGUGUUGUGAGAGCUGCUCAAGUCUUUCGGCGCCGCGAGAAGGCUCUUCACAUUCUUAUCAACAAUGCUGGGAUUAUGAUGACAGAAAAAGGCCGAACAAAAGAUGGCUACGAAAUUCAAUUUGGGACAAAUUUUAUGGGACAUGCGUUACUCACACAAUUGCUCCUACCGGCCUUGAAAGCGGCUUCUCACGGUCGAGUGAUUUCUGUGUCUUCUGAUUUGGAGAGGAUUGCACCGGAGAACAUAGACAACCUCGAUGAGCUGAAAACGGCAAUGGAACGCGUAAAUACCUGUUUUCUAUAUGCAAGUUCCAAGGCCGCUCAAAUUGCUUGGAAUUAUGUGAUGGGAAUGAAACAUCGGGACGUCAAGUUUAUCGCGAUUAAGCCAGGCGCUGUUGCAACCAACCUCCACAGAAACGCGUCAACACUGCCCUUGAAGCUGUUUCUUGUUGUGCUUGGGUGGCUAAUCGCUGUACCGACCAAGCGUGGGGUCUUGAACCACCUGUGGGCGUCUGUUGCGAAGGAUGCGAAGACAGGAGAAUUCUACGCACCUGUGGGGAAGCAAUGCACUGGUUCCAAACUCUCCCGCGACCCUGUCCUGUCUGAGCGUCUUUGGAGUUGGACACAAAAUGAGCUCCAGAUGCAUGUCGGCGAGGAUGCAUUCAGGGAUGAAGUGGCGCUUGAUGGAUGA